AUGAGCAAAGCACCUCUGCUAUCUACCUUUCUCUUAGGAGAGAGCCUCGUCCUCUACCUUUCGAUCUCGGCAACGGCACUCAACUCCGUACUCAUUCAUAAACCGAACAGUAUUGAACUCCCGAUCUACUAUACCAGCCAUGCCCUACAAGACACCAAGCUUCAGUAUCCGCAGCUAGAAAAACUUGCCUACGCUCUCGUCCUCUUGGCAUGUAAGCUCUGGCCCUAUUUUCAGGCUCACAUCGUUGCAGUGCUCACCAAUCAGCCACUACGCCAAGUUUUACAGAAACCAGACACAUCGGGAGGACUAAUCAAAUGGGCCAUCGAGCUCGGGGAGUUCAACAUCCACUAUCACCCCCGCCCUGCCGAGAAGGGACAAGCCGUUGCUAAUUUCAUCUCUAAAUUGACACCCCUAUCAAAGGAACAAACCUACCCCAAAUAG